UCCCGUGUCGCGUCUGCGCGCUGCCGGCUCCGGCUGGUUGCCAUGGCAGCGGGUGAGGAGAAGGCGGGGGUAAGGGUGAAGAGGGGGGUAUCCUCGCGGCUGAUGGCGGAGGCAGCCCAAGCGUCGCAGGCCCGGGCUCAGGCGCCUUAUCCGUCCCCAUGCCAGGCCCAACUCCAGGCCGCGGCCUCACCUUCUCCCGCCGCCCCGAGCCCGGCCGAUCCGGCCCGUCCCGGUGCCAGCAGCAGCCAGCAGCGCUCGGUGCAGCGGAAGGCCCAGGUCCGCGCUUUCCCCCGGGCCAAGAAGCUGGAGAAACUCGGCGUCUUCUCAGCCUGUAAGGCUAAUGAUACCUGCAAAUGUAAUGGCUGGAAAAAUCCAAAUCCUCCUACAGCUCCAAGAAUGGAUAUUCAGCAACCAGCUGCCAGUCUGUGUGAAUCUUGUCGUAGUUGUGGGCACACAUUGGCGGACCAUGUUUCUCACUUGGAUAAUGUCUCAGAAGAUGAGAUUAACAGACUUCUUGGGAUGGUGGUGGAUGUGGAGAAUCUCUUCAUGUCAGUUCACAAAGAGGAGGACACGGAUACAAAACAAGUCUAUUUCUAUCUUUUCAAGCUUUUACGGAAAUGUAUUUUGCAAAUGGCCCGUCCUGUAGUGGAAGGAAAAUUGGGAAGCCCUCCAUUUGAAAAACCGAGCAUUGAACAGGGGAUUUUUAAUUUUGUUCAGUACAAAUUCAGCCACAUUCCUGCCAAAGAAAAGCAAACAAUGUAUGAACUUUCCAAAAUGUUUCUGCUCUGUUUGAACUACUGGAAACUAGAAACUCCAUCUCAGUUCCGGCAGAGGUCACAGAACGAGGAUGUUGAUGCAUACAAAGUUAAUUAUACCAGGUGGCUCUGCUACUGUCAUGUCCCUCAAAGCUGUGACAGUCUUCCUCGAUAUGAAACUACACAGGUCUUUGGGAGGACACUGCUGAGGUCCAUCUUCACAGUCACACGACGGCAGUUGCUUGAGAAGUUCAGGGUGGAGAAAGACAAGCUGAUGCCAGAAAAACGCACACUUAUCCUCACCCACUUCCCAAAAUUCUUGUCAAUGUUGGAAGAAGAAAUUUAUGGCCAGAGUUCUCCAAUCUGGGAUUCUGAUUUCACUUUGUCUGCUGCAGAAGGGGUGCAACUGGGGCAACAGACAGCUGUUAGUCCAUCCCCAGUGCCUAGUAUCCCUACAUCAAGCAGAAACAUCAAUUGUAGCUCAAGUCCAGCAUCCAUUAGUGUUGAAAUGGGGGUUUCUGAGCCAGAGCCAGGUGAAAAAAGGAAAAUGUCUGACACCAUGACCCUCGAAGAUGCAAAGAGGAUGCGUGUGAUGGGUGACAUUCCUAUGGAGCUGGUUAAUGAAGUAAUGUUGACUAUCACAGACCCAGCAGCUAUGUUGGGCCCAGAGACAAAUUUGUUGUCUGCAAAUGCAGCUCGUGAUGAAGCUGCACGUCUGGAGGAGCGGCGAGGUGUUAUUGAAUUUCAUGUCAUAGGAAACUCACUUUCUCAGAGGUCAAAUAAGAAAAUAAUGAUGUGGUUGGUUGGCUUACAAAAUGUUUUCUCACAUCAGUUGCCACGUAUGCCAAAAGAAUACAUCACAAGGCUUGUCUUUGACCCAACAGCAAAGGCGGUUACUGGGCAGGGUUAUGGGACACAUUUGAUGAAUCACCUGAAGGAAUAUCACAUUAAGCACAACAUUCUGCAUUUCCUGACAUAUGCUGAUGAAUAUGCCAUUGGCUACUUCAAAAAGCAGGGAUUUUCAAAGGAUAUAAAGGUUCCCAAAACCCGAUAUGUGGGUUACAUCAAGGACUAUGAAGGAGCAACGUUAAUGGAAUGUGAGCUUAAUCCCAAAAUCCCUUACACUGAAUUGUCUCACAUUAUAAAGAAGCAGAAAGAGAUCAUUAAGAAGUUGAUUGAGAGAAAGCAAGCUCAGAUUCGGAAGGUUUACCCUGGCCUCACCUGCUUCAAGGAAGGAGUUCGGCAGAUACCCAUAGAGAGUAUACCUGGAAUUCAGGAAACUGGAUGGAAACCUAGUGGCAAGGAGAAAGGGAAGGAACUGAAGGAUCCGGAUCAGUUGCACAACUCUUUGAAAAAUUUACUGGCACAAAUAAAGAGUCACCCUAGUGCUUGGCCUUUCAUGGAACCAGUAAAAAAGUCUGAGGCUCCAGAUUACUACGAAAUUAUCCGUUUUCCAAUUGAUUUGAAAAGUAUGAGUGACCGGCUAAAGAAUCGUUAUUAUGUUUCCAAGAAAUUAUUUAUAGCUGAUGUCCAACGUAUCAUUACAAAUUGCCGUGAGUAUAACCCUCCUGAGAGUGAGUACUGCAAAUGUGCCAACAUGUUGGAGAAGUUUUUCUACUUCAAGAUUAAAGAAAUGGGUCUUUUGGACAAAUGAACACACUCCCAAAAGGAAUAUAUCUGAAAGGCAGGCAUUCAGAUCCGGCAGACCAUGAACACAGCAGAAUGAAUAAACUACUCUUGAACUGCAAUUCUGUCGGAUCAGUAUUUCAAAAAAGUGGCAUUACUGAAAUUUGUUUAAAAUCAUUAUGGUAUCCUGUAAUUGCAUGGGCUGGUUAUUGGUAGCCAUAAUGAAUAAUUAUGUUUUCAAGCAUCCAGUCUGUUCCAGUGUUUAACUGUUGAAGUACCCAUCUCACUGCAUGCAGUUUCUGCUGUCAAAAAUGUACAGAAAUAACUGACAUUGGAUGCUCCAUUUGGAUAUCUAGUGCUCUCUAAUAUUCUCACAUCAGCAAAGAUGAUGCGCAUCACAAAAAUAAUCACUAAGCAUUUAUGUUGCUUAUUGAAAUUGAUGAUGGAACCAACACAAAGUCAAUCAUUUCAGCAGAAUGCAUACUACUGUGAGCUUCUCACGUUUCACUCUGUGGAGUCUGUGACUUCAGCGUUAUCUGUCAGUGAAUGAUAGGGCAUGUUGUGAUAAUGCCUGACUACCUUCCAAUUUUGUAAUUUUUUUUUAAACUGAGUUGCAUUUUGUACGUUUGCUGUAGCAUUUUGCUGAUGUAAAUAAAUUCAGUAACUUCA